AUGGACGUCAAAAUCGCAGUUUCCAAAUGCGAGGAUAUCACGGAUACUGUAAGUCAAGUUCAGAGAGACAUCUGGAGCAAUUCUAUCCGUCAGGUGCUGCGAAAAACGAAGAAAAUCCUUCCGUAUAUUGGCCGCCUUUUCCUGAUCUCCACUUUCGUCGAGGAUGGAAUCCGGCUUCUCUUCAACACUUCCGACCACGCGGAUUACUUCACGGUCAGACCGAAACCGUUCCGAACGGCAAACGAAUGAUUCUUGUUCAGAAUGGCUGGGGUAUCAACUAUAACUUCGCCUACUUCUUAACUUUCUCCAUGGGCGCCACCCUUCUCGUUUGCUCCCUUCUUGUCAUGCUUCGCAUCAAGGUAACCCUUUCUUCGAUUCUCAAACUCAUCGUUUCGUUUCAGGUUCCAGUGACUUGUGGUCUCCUUGCUUCUGUCCUUUUCGCCCAAAUCGUUCUCUACAGGCUCUACACCACUUAUUAUAUUUUGUCUCAGAAUGUGUCCGUUCUCGCCGCCAUUCUUCUUCUGUUCACCGAAAAUGAGCUCCGGAAGCCGACGAGGUCGUUCAAUCAGUUGCCGCAGUCCGAGAAUGAAGUGGAGGUGUGCUCCGAUUCCAGAAGACCUCGGACUUCUUCUCGUUCCAGGCGACGUCGGUGAUGCUGUGUGCGUGCCGUCUCUUUCUCAACCUCAUGCUCCUCUCCAUUAUCCAAUUCGACCUGAGCUACAAACGUCUCUUCCUUUCCAUCAUCUCGUACGGAAUGAUUUUUUGCAUGUGGUGCGGCUACAAGACUCGCAUGGUUUCGCUCUUGCUCGCCACGUGGCUCUUCGUCUACAACGUCAUCGCCAACGACUUCUGGAACAAGAACUUUGAGUUGCACAUCAUCCGAUACGACUUCUUCCAGGCGCUUUCUGCCGUCGGAGGCCUCCUCCUUCUGAUUCACACGGGACCGGGAGAGCUGUCUUUCGACGAAAUGAAGAAGAAAUGGUGA